GGAGGGAAAGCCCUGGGACCGCGCAGGCGUCGCCUCCGUCGCCGCCUCCGCCGGCGGGGAUGUGCGUCGAGGGCCCCGGGCUCCCCCGACGGACCACCGAGCGCUGAGCGGGCGGGAGAAUGGGGUGCGGGAAGAUGGCGGCGCCGGCUGGGCCGGCGGCUUCGUCGGGCAUCUCGCUGUCCCGCAGCAGCAGCAGCCGCUCUCGAGCGGGAGGCGUGAGGAAAAGCUGCCAGUGGCUCGUUUAUUGGGUGCCGGUUCUCUUCAUCGGGAGCAUCGUCGCCUGGUCCUACUACGCGUACGUCGGCCAGCUCUGCUUGAUAACCAUGACAAAUAUUGGAGAAAAAGUGGUGUGCCUGCUUGCCUACCAUCUAUUUUUCACGAUGUUUGUGUGGUCUUACUGGAAAACAAUCUUUACAUCACCAAUGAAUCCUUCCAAAGAAUACCACCUGACCUAUGCAGAUAAGGAACUGUUAGACAGAGAACCCAGAAGUGAAAUCCUUCAAGAAGUGCUGAGGAGAGCAGCCAAGGACCUCCCCAUCUACACAAGAACAAUGUCUGGAGCAAUCAGAUACUGUGACAGAUGCCAACUUGUAAAACCAGACCGUUGUCAUCACUGCUCUGUUUGUGAUAAAUGUAUUUUGAAAAUGGAUCAUCAUUGCCCUUGGGUGAACAACUGUGUUGGAUUUUCCAAUUACAAAUUUUUCCUUCUUUUCUUGGCAUAUUCUCUGUUAUACUGCCUUUUCAUUGUUGCAACCGAUUUACAGUAUUUUAUUAAAUUCUGGACAAAUGGCCUUCCUGAUACUCAAGCCAAGUUCCAUAUUAUGUUUUUAUUCUUUGCCGCAGCCAUGUUUUCUGUCAGCUUAACAUCUCUCUUUGGAUAUCACUGUUGGUUAGUGACCAAAAAUAAAUCAACAUUAGAGGCAUUCAGAGCACCUGUUUUUCGACAUGGAACGGAUAAGAAUGGAUUUAGUUUGGGAUUUGACAAAAACCUAAGACAAGUCUUUGGGGAUGAGAAAAAAUAUUGGUUGUUGCCAGUGUUUUCCAGCCUAGGUGAUGGAUGCUCCUUUCCUACCUGCCUUGUUAACCAAGAUCCUGAGCAGGCUUCUACUCCUUCUGGACAUAGUUCUUCAAACAAAAAUGAGAAUAGUCAUCAUUUUCCUGCUAAACCAUUACGAGACUCCCAAAGUCAUCUCCUUACUGACUCUCAGUCUUGGACAGAAACCAGCGCAAGUAUUGAAAAUAACAAAUCGGGUAUGACCAAUCCUGCACUAACGAUAGAAAAUGAAACCUAGUCAUGCAAGUACAAGAGAGAAAUUCUGGAUCUUUAAAUUAAGAAUUGUUGAUGAGAGGAUGAAGGAUUCCUCGACAACAUCAGCAUCCAUUGACCAGCUGUUCCAGUCCACUGCAGCGUGGAUGUGCCAGAAGAUAUUUCAAGAUCUAAUUUAGCUGUCUUUGUAUCAUCACUUGAAAUAUAAGACCCGUAACCAUCUC